AAAAAGAAAUUGGAAGGAUCUUCAACGGCGACCGGUCCGCCUUCGAGCGCCAUCCUGACCAGCCUGCCGUCGAGGCCUGCAGCCUGGCCCCUGUCCGUGGGGGAAAUACCGUACUGCGUACAUAUAGCCAAGGUCCCAGGUCCAAGGGCCUGGUUCUAGUUCUGUUCCUCUACCUUUGUGUGCCUUCAUAACAGGAAACAAUCAUUCCCAGCAAGGAUACAAUGCGGUUAGUAGUGUGGUCUGCAUAUGCGGUGGCAGCUUUUGCUGCUGCCGUCGGAGCACAGACGAUGCCUGACUGUGCGGCCGACUGUCUUGUAAAGGGUCUGGAGGACUCAACAUGCUCGCCUACAGACUCUGAGUGUAUCUGUGCCGACGCGGUGUUGAUGGAGAACGUCCAGGCCUGCUCAAUGCUGGCCUGCACCGUCGUUGAAGGACUCAAGGCUUCUAAUGCCACGGCCACGCUCUGCCACUGGCCCGUCCAUGACAAGAGACUCGUCGCCCCUAUCGCUACAGCCGUUACUGGAGUCAUAGCCCUGGCGUUUAUUCUCGUCAGAGUGAGCGACUGCGUUUCGAAGAAUGAAUACAAGUGGGCUGAUCUGUGUGCUGUUCUUGCAUUUAUCUUUUCCCUACCUAUGGACAUUUUCGAAUUUUUCAUGAUGGGCUCUGGUAUGGGAAGGGAUGUUUGGACGUUGACACCGACACAGAUCACCAACACAGCCAAGUAUACUUGGGUCACCCAAGUAUGGUAUAUCCCAGCCAUCAUCCUAACCAAGGUGGCCAUUGUGUCCUUCUUCAUGCAAAUCUUCCCAGGACCCCGGUUUCGACUGCUAUGCCAGGGCACUAUCAUCCACUGCUUCCUGUUCAUGAUAUCAACGUUUAUUACAGAGAUUCUGUCCUGCAUCCCGGUAGAGGACGCCUGGACGAACUGGAGAGGCGAGUCGAAUGCAAUAUGCUACGAUAACAGCGCCUUCUGGUGGGCUCAUUCGGCUAUCAACAUCGCCACGGACCUAUGGGUCCUCGGACUCCCAAUCCCAAUGCUCUGGGGUCUCCAGCUCAAGCUAAAGAAGAAGAUCUAUCUAGUUCUCAUGUUCAGCGUCGGCAUCGUUAUCACCGUCAUCAGCAUCGUCCGGUUCUCUGGUCUGCUGAAAUACUCCACGACAACAAACAUUACCUACAACAACGUCAUGGUAGCAACAUACAGCGUCAUCGAGUGCAACGUGUCGAUUAUGUGCUGCUGCAUGCCCGCCCUCCUGUCCACCCUCCGCCGCGGCUUUCCCACCGUAUUCGGCAGCACCGGUCCUUCUCCCAGCUACAACAGUGCCCCGUUCUCUGGCAGCAACGGCAUCCAUAAGGAGGUCACGCAUAAGGUCACUUAUAUGCCGCGUGACGGGACCUCGGAUGAUGCUAUUGAGCUGGUGGAUCGGGAUGGCCGUGAGGGGGAGACUGAAACACAUGUCGAGGGAAAUGGCACUGAUACUGGGAGGAGUAAGUGGUAGAUACUCAGGGGUAAAAAUAUAUUUCCUUGAACUCUUUCGGUAUAUAUAUUUUCUAAUAAUUAAUUGUUAUAUCAUUCUUUAUCCA